CGUAGCUCCACGUCUUCGCAUGGAGAUCAGAUGCGGGGUUCGAACUUUGUCCCCCCAGCAUCAACUGCGAUCUUCGUCUUCUGCUGUAAUCGACAUCAUCACGCUACACCCACAUUGCUAUCACCCUCACCUGGGCUAUGUCCGCUUCACCAUCUGGGCAGGAUAUGACGGACCAACUGCGGGCCCAGAACCAUGUUUCCACGGGCCCAAAAAACAAAUCUCGCGCUCGCCUCGUUUGUGCAAAUUGUCGUCAGCGCAAAAUCAAGUGUGACGCUGAGAAGCUAGCCCCCGGCGCAAAGUGCACUCCUUGUCGGUCUUCCAAUUGCGCCUGUGCCAUAGACCGCAACGCCGACCGCAGAAGACACGGCGCCUCGCACAAAAAGUUGGUGGAGAUGCAGGAACGUAUUCGGUCUUUGGAAGGCUUGAUUCAGAGAGCGCCAGAUGAGGCCGUUACGAUACCAGUCCUACAUGCUCGUAUGGCUACACCGAUCCCCAUGGUGAUCGACAAGGUCAUGGACGGAUCGCAUCGGGAUGCUACACCUACGGUGAACAUUGACCACGGUCCUACCGCUUCCCCGCCGCAAGACGUGAACGUGGUUGAGCCGGAAGACAUGAUCGUGGUUGACCAGGGUCAGCAGAGCAAUAUAACACCGGAAGUCGUCGUUGUCCCAGAAUGGCCAAUCGAUCCUCCUGGGACCACAACAAUUUUCGACAGUGGUCAUAUUGGCCGCGAACCGGAGAUGCAAUAUGCAGUUCCUGAUCUACCUACCGUACCACCCACGGCGAACGUCAGCCCCCAGCUGGCAAACUCCUACACUGUGACAACCGAGGCGGCUCCACCCAUGCGCGACGACAAAGGCGCCCAGGAUGUCGCAUUUUACGGAGGUACCACGCAGCUCCAAGUCCAGGCCCCUGAGAUAAGGGACCCGGCCGUACGUCCCACUGGGGAUUUUGAACACGAAACGGCUCUCAAUAUGGACUCCGCUCAACUGCGCAAGGCCCUAUUCCGCAUCUUCUUCAAGAUCCAGCCAAACUCCCAGGUCAUCGUUCGGGAAGAUUUAUUCAUGCGUGACCGUGACAAGAGGGGACGGCAUCGAUACUAUUCUAGCUUUCUAGAAAAUUCGCUGCUGGCGGCAGCGACACGGAACAGCACGUCAAGCGCUGUUCGGAAGCUGGGGAAAAAGUACGCGGAGCGAGCCAAGUCUCAAAUUUGCUCCGAACUAGAGCAACAGAACAUUGCCUCUCUACAGGGAUUUCUGUUAUUGAGUGACUUUGAGGCAACCAGGGGUCGAGCGAGACUCGGGUGGACGUACAGCAGUGAGUUUAACGUCGUUGCAACGGUCACGGCGUGUCUGAACCUGACCAUCGCAGAUAUUGCUACCGGAGUGUUGGUCGACCUUGCACUCCACGUGGAUCAUUCCGCCCCGGUCAAGGAGCAGAAUAUGACACAAGACGAUGCAGAAUUCAGAGACUCGCUCUUGCUCGGGACAUUCGUUUAUGCUACCCUUUGGAGUUUGUACCUUGGCCGGCCCAACUCAAUAUCAUCUCCAGUGGUAGCUGCGGUACGCCGCGUGGUCGAAUAUGGAUCUUGCACCACCACGUUGCAGAUGUGGGUCACGCUAUCCCUGCAAAUGAUGGAUAUCAUCGAAAUCUUGAAUUCAACGACUUCGCUUCGAAGCCCUGAGCGCGGCUCGAAACUUCGCCUGUGCUCACUUGAGAUUAACCUGCGUUCGGUCUUCGACAACCUGCCACCGGAGCUCGCCUUUGACGAGCAACGCAUCGACGAACUAGACGCCGAAGCGUACGGUCCUCACAUGCAGUACUCCGGGAUUCAGGUGACUUUGCAUCGUGCCAUGAUCAAGGGAACCAACUUUGCGCCUGCGAUCAGGGACGACAUCGUUCAGCCCAAGAGCCUGGACCAUUUGUAUGCCGUGGUGCAUGAGAAUGCGAUGCGCAUUGCAAGGCUGAUGCUAUCGUAUAGACGAAUAUUCGGCUUGGAAAAUAUCAUUACUGUGAUGCUGGACAACGUAUACGUGGCAGCUAUCGCUCUGACCUCUCACAUCAUCCGCAUGCAGCAGUUGGCUCGGCCUUUUGACAGUGAGAUCCGAUGGCUACGCUCUUUGUACGAAGUGCUCGAGGCCGCCGAGAAGCACUAUCCAGUUACCAUAAGGAUGAGGUCGAGUCUCAUCCAUUUCAUCAGACAGACCCCCCUGGUCAAGUUCUUCCCUGAGAAGGUGCCGACUACGUCACCGAUCAGCGUGCCUGAGAUCGUGCCGGGAGUCUCCGCCGGUCUGGCUCCGGUGAACUUGACCUUCCAAGCGCCACUCAAUCCAGCUUCGCCAACGAACGGCGAUGAGCUUCCCAACUUGGACUUCACGCUGACUACUGAAGAUGACUGGUGGCUGCACGACUCGGCCUGGAACAUGACCACUCUCGCCUUUGACUCUUAG